GCUGUGUAACAGCCACUCUAGCUGUACAUUUAGUUAGGUGCAGUUGAAAUUGGUGGAGAGAGUCAGACACAGAACUGAACAUUGGCGUUGAUUUUGACUGUGACCAAUUUUAGUUUUUGUUUAUUUUAUCCUUUACUUUCAGAGUAUCUAUAUCGGGGUGUGUCUAUAUUUUAUUUUGUAUUUUUCACCACAAAGUCAACAGGAUGGAACUUAAUUCUCUUUUAAUUCUCCUUGAGGCUGCAGAAUACUUGGAAAGAAGAGACAGAGAAGCAGAACAUGGUUACGCUUCUGUUUUACCGUACAAUAGCGACUUUUCCAGAAAGAAAACGAAAGCAUCGCCAAUUUCAAGAAAAACUCAGAACAAUAGGUCGUCGCACAAUGAACUGGAGAAACAUAGACGUGCCAAACUGCGGCUGUACCUGGAGCAGCUGAAGCAGCUCGUGCCUUUGGGUCCGGACAGCAGCAGACACACCACACUGAGCCUGCUCAAACGGGCCAAGAUGCACAUCAAGAAGCUGGAGGAGCAGGACAGGAAGGCCCUGAAUGUGAAGGAGCAGCUGCAGAGAGAGCACCGCUACCUCAAACGGCGUCUGGAGCAGCUGUCUGUGCCGGGCGUAGAGCACCGCAUCCGCACCGACAGCAUGGGCUCCACCAUCUCCACUGACUCUGAGCAAGAUGUGGACAUCGAGGGCAUGGAGUUCACCCCUGGCGAGGGCGAGGGCGAGGGCGAGGGGGACAGUGUGGACAGCGUGAGUGACGUGGAGGACCACUACAGCCUGCAGAGCAGCUCUAGCGACGGCAGCUAUGUACAUUCCCACAGACUCCAGCCUCACAUCUGCUAGGGCCCUCCCUCCGCCACCGCCACCGCCACCGCCACCGCCUCCAUCC